UGCAAGAAAAGAAAAAGAGAAAGAUCCUUCGAUGCCAAUGAAACAAAGCGAUCGAAAGCAUGAUUCUCUAUAUUAUUACACAUGAGUAGCACCAAGCUACCCCCGGUCAGCUUGAUCAUCAAACAAAGCUAACUAGCGCAAAAAACCAACCUUUGAUAAUGGCGGAUCCAACAAUAUCUCAGCCCCCACAAGCUGCAGCGCUGCAGAGACACCGCCGCGGCCAUCUUCACCAAAGGCUGAUGCGCUACACAGCUCUAGUCUUGCUCGCCCUCCUGAUACUGGUAGCCAUAUCUGUGCUCAUCGCCUGGCUUGUAAUCAGACCUAAACGACUCGUUUUCACCGUCGAAGAUGGUUCUGUCCAUAGUUUCAACUUAACCCGCGACCAGUACCUCAGUGCCACCUUCGAUUUGUCCAUAAUAUCCUAUAAUCCAAACCGCAGAGUCUCCUUCUACUAUGACUCCAUCGAGGUUUGGGCGAGUUAUGAUGAUCACGACAUAGCUUUCAGCGCCGUCGAUCCUUUCUUUCAACCUCGUCGGAAUGUGACUCGGUUGGAUGUCAAGCUCGCUGCUCAGAACGUAUCGCUGUCGAGGUCGACAUCUCGAGAGCUCAGGCUCGAUAAAUCGUGGGGACAGGUCGAAUUAACUGUUCUGCUGGACACAAGGGUGCGGUUUAAGGUGGGAUCGUGGAAGUCUCGAGAUCGUAUUUUGAGGAUUUGGUGUUCUCCUGUCUUCGACCUGGUGCACUUGUCUUCUUCCAACAACUUUCAUAUGAAAUAUUGCGACGUUGAGCUUUGAGCAUUACUCGCGCGGUACGUCUGUGGAGUUUUCUGUUGAUUUGGAUCUAAAUUUCUUCGCCGAAUUUUUUAACUUACUGUUCGAGAGAUAAAUAUACAAAGUGAAUCUUAUAACAUUUAUAACUAUUCGAGUUAAUUUUUUAA